AUGGGCAUGAAGAAGGAACGUUUACACAAGAAGUGGCAUUACUUCAUUGAUUGCUUCUUUCAUUGUCUCACCUACAGCCGGCUUCCGUCAACCGAGGGUAGCAAUGAAGUCACCGUCAGCGGACGUAAGAAGAUCCCCACCGUCAAACCAGGUGGGCUGUCGGACGACUAUGCCGAGAUCGUUGACGAUGAUGACUACGCGAUGCCGGCCGCCAAGGACUACGAGAUAUCGCGUGAACUGGUCACCCUCGUCGAGACCAUCGGUCAGGGCCAGUUUGGCGAUGUCCACAAAGGCAUUUAUAUAGAUCAGGACGAGAAAGUCGAGGUUGCUGUCAAAACUUGUAAGGUUGAAAGUACUCAGGCACUAGGAGAAAGAUUCUUAGAAGAAGCAUAUAUCAUGAAGCAGUUUGAUCAUCCUCACAUCAUCAAGUUAAUAGGGGUAUGUACAGAUCCGCCCAUAUGGAUCGUUAUGGAGCUAGCCCCAUUUGGAGAGAUGAGGAUGUUUUUACAGACACACAAAGAGGAACUAACGUUAGCUUCACUGAUCUUGUAUGCAUACCAGUUAAGCAUGGCUCUUUCAUAUCUAGAGAGCAAGAAGUUUGUCCAUAGAGAUAUUGCAGCCAGGAAUCUUCUGGUAGUUGCUAAGGACAAUGUUAAACUUGGUGAUUUUGGUCUUUCAAGAUUACUACAUGACCAUUCAUACUACAAAGCUUCUAAAGGUAAAUUACCCAUCAAAUGGAUGGCUCCAGAAUCUAUCAACUUCAGGAGGUUUACAUCUGCCAGUGAUGUCUGGAUGUUUGGUGUAUGCAUGUGGGAGAUCCUCAUGUAUGGGGUCAAGCCUUUCCAGGGGGUAAAAAACAACGAGGUCAUAGGCCGUAUUGAGAACGGCGAGAGGUUACCAAUGCCCGCUGCGUGUCCACCGACGCUGUACAGCGUGAUGACGCUAUGUUGGUCGUACGAACCCUCUAAAAGACCCAACUUCAAAGACCUCAAAACAAGAUUAAAUGAGAUCUUGGAAGAGGAAAAAGAGCAAGAGGAGGCAGCCCUGAAGCAAGAGAAGAGAAGGAUUCUAUCGACUUGGGGAUUCCCCGAAGAACCACCCCCAAAGGAGAGAACGGAACAAGAGAAGCAGAAUGAGCUUGAAAGGAUAGGAGAUGCCCUUAGGAAGCAGAGAUUGGAAUCAGAGGCUGAUUCAGAAUGGCUGGCAACAAGCGCACAAACACUGAGACCUGAUGUUAGCAGAACAGAAGGAAAUGUAUUUUUGCAAGAAGGACAAAAUGGCAAUAGAGAGCCUUACGGAGGAGCAAGCCAGCCGUUGUACGAAGCUUUCAACCAGAAGUCGUCCAGUGCCCCGUCGACGACGACAUCAGCUGCCAACCAAUACUACCAGGCCACCGACGAGGUAAGAAGGGAACUUCCCCCCGAGCCGUCAGAACAAGAGAUGGCAGGUCACCCACCCCAGCAGCCACAACCACAGCCACUCAGUGCACAGAUUGCUCCAACGUUAGACAUGGAUAGAACAGAUGACUAUGUCUUUGAGAACACAACGCAGGUUGUGAGGUCAGUGAUGGAAAUGGUCAACCUCGUACAUGCGGUCAAGUCUGACCAAUACGUCAAUCUUGUGAGGGACAUUGGUCUUGCGUUGAAGAGCUUACUCGGCAGCGUAGACACCCUGUACAGUGAUCUUCCUGGAGAGACCCACAGAGGUAUCCAGCUGGCACACAAGGUCCUGAGCUCCGACAUGGGUGAACUUAUCAACGCCAUGAAGCUAGCCCAGAAAUACGCCACCACCACGCUAGACCAGGACUACAAGAGAGGAAUGAUCCAGGCCGGUCAUGUCUUAGCGGUCGACGCCAAGAACCUCUUGGAUGCGGUCGACACAGCUCGGCUUCAGGCCCAGGAUCUGGUCAUGGGUGGGGCAAGACAACCAGAAGAGCUGAGCUAGUCAGGUCUUGCUAACCAACCCUGUCAUGUGCCAACCAUGUCGAGGCAUCCAUCACAGUUUCUCUUCAGUCAAGGACACUUUUAUUGAACUGGAAUAUUUAUUUCUGUGAUGCGCCGAGGGGAUUAUGCUUUGCUCAACUCCCAACGACUUACAAUUUUCGUAAAAAAAACCUUCAGCAUUAACUGAAAUUUAUUUAUUAUCGUCGAACAAGAGGAAGAGUGAUGAUUAAGACAGGAGACAUAGAAUAACAUAUUUAUUUCCUAUCAAGGCUUUUUUGAACUGCAGGAUGAUGUUGCCUUGUCUGUGACUGCUAACUGCAUUUACAGUCCGUAUAACCGCAAAUGUGGCUGAUGUGACCCUUGAGGUGUCUGUGGGUACCUUGCGUGUGUUAAGAUAAUACAGACCCUCAGGUUGAACAGAAUCAAUGCUGAUAAUGCUUCAUAGGUAAAUGUCUAGCUAGAAGACCAUUCAGAAACUCAAUUUAUUUAUUACUUUCUUUCUUCUGUAGGAGUGUAGUAACUGAUGGUGAGGUUAGAUCUCACUAAUCAUAGUUCCAUGACCUUCCGAAACCUUGCCCAUCAUUGCAGUCAGCAGAAUGUAAUCAGGGUAAUUUGUUUGAUGUUUAGGUGAUUUUGCUGCAUGAUUCAUUCUUUUGUAGGAUAUUUCCUUUUGCUGCAAGAAGUACAGUAGUUACCGUAUAAUCCUUAAAUAAAUUAUCUAUUGAGAUAUACUAGACAGCUUUAUUUCAGGAUUGGCAGUGGUCUGUAUAGAGAGGUCAUAUUGACAGGCUGUUAACUUGUUGGAGACCGAGUUGACAUAUAUGCUGUGAGAGUCUAUGGAAAACAUGUGUUAUAGCGAAAUCAUAUCAGUCUCCAAUUGGUUGAUAUAUGCCUCUAAAACAGCUAUCUGCUUUGCAAAAGACAAUGGGUGAUUUCAAGUCCAGUGUUGGCCUUGGUGUUGAUGUUGGUGUUGAAAUUUGGAUUGCGUCCCCUACAUGUACAUGUAGCUCCAAAACUUAUUCAGAGUUUGUAAAACUGAUCCAGGUCACAUUAUUGACAUCUCAAUAACUAGUGAGUGACUUUUCGGGACCAUCUUCAUUUUAUGUUUGGUGUUAUAAUCGUGUAAAAAUUGAACUAACCCAACACCAAAAGGUCAAACACUGAACUUUAAAUUACCCAAUGUAUCAAUAAUGAUAGUAACGGUAUAGUUUUCUGACAAUGAUGAUGGUCACAGAUAGAAAAGAAUUCUUUACAUAUUCUCUGUCCCAGUUGUGAAAUGAAAAUCAUAAAAACACCAACAAAACAAUAGAAACAGGAGUUAUUUUAGAAUACCUAAUGCUUCUUUAAAUGCUACAUUAUUUGUUUUAUUUCAGAAAUGUACAUAAUUCUAGAUUCAAUGAACGUGCCUCUACUAUUAUCCACAUUUGCAAAAUUUGGGAAGCGUGUCACUGUGUGCAAAUGACCAUUGAAACAAAAAUAUGUACUUAUAUCAUCAGUUGACAUUUAGCUACUCACGUAAUUUGAAAGUGAAACUUGUCAUUGAAAUUAAUUGAAUGACUGAUUAAUGCUUCUUUCGAUAUGACCAUAUUUUGUAAAUAACUUAAGGAUCCCAGAAAAUCCAACAUCAAAGAGGUAAAUGACGCAUGUUUUGAAUAAUAUGGUCUGAAAAAUUACUUUGACUUAAAAUAGAUAACUAUUGGAAAUAUGGAAGGUCAUUUCCAAAAUUGUUAUAUCAAAAUGUUACUUGUAAAUUUUUUUCUUAUUUCUUUGUUUUCCUGGUUCCAUCUGGAUCUUUACUCAAAUCGACUCAAUAUCAGAAAAAGCUUUACCUUCAAAAUCAAGAAUUGUGUUAAAUUUAAUUUAUUGGCAGCAACUACAGUAUGUACCUUUGAACUUCAUAUGAGGAUCAACUUUACCUUUAAAAUCUAACAAGUUUUAAACUCUGUUUACUGGCAGCUAAUAUGUAUCUUUAAAAGAUUGUCUUGAAACUUAAUAUGAGGACGAACUUUAUCUUAAAGAUCCAAAAGGUGUUGAAUUCAGUUUCCUGGCAACUACUACAUGUAUGUAGGCCUCUCUUCGAAAUAUUUGCUUCAAAUUAUAUUCCUCUCAUUUUUCAUGUGUUUAUUGUGCAUUUCCUUCCUGUGGUGGUCAAAGACAGGAUAUAGCCAUGUUGGGAGAUUUUCUGUUUAUUGUGAAAUUACUUUGAAAUUCUAACGUAUUUCAACUUCCAUCUAUCCUUCUGCACACAGAAAUGUAUUACUGGAGGGAUCAGUCUGUUACACAGACCCAACAUGGUGCUGAAGCAGUGAGAUUAUAAUAAAGACAAGGCUGACUAUAUUGCGCUCAAAUUUGCUCACUCAAAGACCUGGAACUUUUUAGAAUGCCCUUUAUCUUCAAAACCAUAGAAAUCCGGGAACAAUAAAAUGGGCAAUAUAUUUUUUUUAAUUAAGAUUUCAAAUUUUAGAUUCUGAGUGUCAAACUUGUGUCUUUGCCACUAAACUACUCAUUGAGACCCCUAUCCACCAAUUGGAAUAGGACCAUUUUACACGAAGCUGUAUUGACCUCCACUGUAAAGUUGUUGAGAGCUAGUAGAGUUACAGUAUUUGUUUGUCCAAAGGUUGACUUUGAUAUGCUAUUUGUUUUCGCUGUUCAUUAGUACAUAUGUUCCUGGCAUUUAUGGAUUAUAUCUUGUAAUCAAUCAAUUUGCGCUUUAGUCAGUCAGGUUUCCAAACAGUGAUAAAUUUGUGAUGUUAGAGUCAUGUACAUUCAGUAAGUCAGGUUUAACUUGGGACAUAGUCUAACUCUGUGCUAAAAUUAUGGGAAGCUGACAUUGCCCAAAUUUUAUUAUUAGCGUUGUAUGGUUUUAAUGCUCAAUCUGCUCUCUCAUCAAGCUUUAAAGGGAUACUCCAGGCUUAAGAAAUAAUAUGAUUUGAACAGAUAAAGAAAAAUCAGACAAAAAAAAACAAUGAAAAUUUGAUCAAAAUCGGACAAGGAAUAAGAAAGUUAUGGCAUUUUAAAGAUUUGCAUUGUUCGGGGGAAACAGUUCAAGGCAUGUGUUCAUGAAUAUUCAAAGAGCAAACUGAUGAUGUCAUAUCCCCACUUGCUCUUUUGUAUUUUAUUAUGUUAAAUUAGGUUUAUUAAAAUGAUUUCUACAAAGAACAAAAAAAAUUGGAUUGACAACUAGUUCAGUGCAUUAUAUAUUCAUUGCUGCAACUUACUUCAUUAUAAUGGAGACAUAUCAUUCACACAUGUAUGAAAAAAUGAAACAAUUAUGAUUUCAUUUUAAUAACUUACGAAAAAGGAAAGUGGGGAUGUGACAUCAUCAGCCCACCUAAUGAACAUUCAUGAUGAUGUACAUAUAACUGUUUUCACUAAAUAUUGCGAAACUUUAAAAUUCAAUAACUUCAUUAUUUUUUAUCCGAUUUUGAUGAGAUUUCCAGCAUUUUGCUCUGUGAAUUUUACUCUAUUUAUUUAGAUAUAAAUAUUUUCAGACCGGAGCAUCCCUUUAAUGGCAAUGAAAAAUAAUUCAGUUAUUAUUCGCAGACAGUUAUGAUAUACAUGAGUAACAGAUGGGCUGAUAAAUUGAGCCUGUACCGUUAAAGAUUUGUAUCACAAUUGGCUCUCCAUAGUUAAACAACAACUUUAGACAAGACUUUAGAUUUAACAGAAGUUCAGAAUAUCCAGAAUGUUUUCAUGGUCAUUUGCACACACAGUAGCAAUCAAACCGUCUCUAUAUCAUUUAUUCAUGUUUUGUUUUUUUAUCAGAAGGUGCCUGCAAUCAUACACGUAGCUGUAUGUGUGAUUAUUUUGCGCGAUAACUCACAUUUUCCUCAUGUACAGUAUUAUGAUUAUGCAUUUUUUGAUCAACAGAUAUAUAAAUAUAUAUAUAUUUCAAACUUAUUUAUCUAUUUACCUAUCAUGGUUUUGUUUGUGUCGCCUGUAUACCAUGAUGAAACAACUAAAGCACAAUUUUUUUUUAGAUGAGCAGACUUUUUGCUAGCUGUAGCUACACCCGUCAUAGUGCAAUGUGAGGCUAUUUAGUUAUGUUUUUCUUUAUGAUCUUUUCUUGUGUUUAUAUACAUAGCAUUUCUACUCUGUCAGCAAUAUUUAUUUUCUCUUUGAACACUAGGUGAAUUACCUGAACUUUGUAUUGUUUAUUUUGAUACAUACUUUGGUAUUUUGUAUUUGAUUUAUUAUUAUGAUGAUGAAUGCACAUGCGAAACCAGGUCCGAGAUAGUUUCCUCACUCUGAUUUCUAUGUUAAAAUGAAAGUAAGAAUCACCUAGCGAUGACUUCACCUACAUAUAUCAGUACAUGGUCGGUUCAUUGAAUGACUUCUUACCUUUUUUACCUGAAGCCAUUUUCAGGCAUUUUGGGAAUGUAUCAAAUUUGCUUUAAAAAACCUGUGAGAACAUUGGUCGAUUUUUAAAUUUAAUGAAUUUUACAUCUGUCGGCUGAAGCCAUUUUCAGGCGUUUUGGAAAAGUAUCAAAUUUGCUUUAGAGAAAACUUGUGAGAAAAUAAUUGGAGGAUUUGAAAAUGUCACUCGGUGGACAUCAAAUAUUUAAUUUCUACUCAAUAAAUUGUUCAGAUUUACUUCAGAAGAUGGACCAAUGACUGUAUAUCCCAACAAAUGGGUCUGCACAAAGUUGAGUCACUGACUGAAAAUCUGUAUAAGCUCUUAAAUAUCAAGUGAAGACAAACUUCAAACUCAAUAUCUGAUAUUACACUGUACAUUAUUUCUUUGGAUGCAGUAUAAUAUUAGAGGUAUUCUGUCUGAUAUACAUAACUUCUUUUAGCUUUUUCCCCCUUUUUUUAUAAGCAUUCAUGUGAUGAUUCGUAACGAAAAUUAUCCUCGAUGCCAGUGAGUAGAUAUAUAUGAUGAUGAUUCUUAAAAUAGUACUGUGUAUCAUAAUUAUGAAGACCGUGACAAGAUGGAGGUCGUAACUGACUUUCAGUAAAAAGUGGAGUACUCUUCACCUGUCUCGUGUACAAAUGGAAAUGAUCAGUUUCCAAACAGUGAAUAAAAUAUUACUUUUGUGUACAGAGCAA